UUUGCUAGCCAUCGACGCUAACUGCUGGCUAUCAGUUGCUGCUCUGUUGUUACUGAAGGAUCAUUCCCAACUGCGUCAAUAUAGUCGCGAUAAUACGGGUACUGUCUCAAUGGGCUCCAAGAGAAGACGAGCCACCUCUCCCUCCAGCAGCGCCAGCGGAGGAGACUUUGACGAUGCCAGCUCAUCCACGCCAGUCAGUGGAUGGAAGAGGAGGAGAGCCUCCAAUGCUCCUUCUGUUGAUCAAAUUGCUGUGUGCCAUGAAUUGUACAACACUGUUAGAGACUAUAAAGAUGACCAAGGCAGACAGAUCUGUGAGCUCUUCGUUCGUGCACCAAAGAGGAGAAAUCAGCCUGACUAUUAUGAAAUAGUAAGCCAGCCCAUAGACAUGAUGAAAAUACAGCAGAAGCUCAGGGCAGAGGAAUACCAGGAUGUGGAACAGUUUUCAGCUGACUUUCAUCUGCUAAUUAAUAACACCAAAGCUUACUAUCAGGCUGACAGUGCAGAGCACAGAGCGGCUUCUAAGCUUUUGAACGUCUUCCUAUCUGCCAAGAAUGAACUGCUGCAGGGUGGGGAUGGAGAGGAGGCUGAGGAUGACGAGGAAAGUGAAGAUGCUGAGAACACAAAUGCUUCUAUGGAGGAGGAGAGACCACCAAGUUUUUUAAAAGCCAUACUGGAGCAGCUCUUGGAAGCCAUCGCCUCCUGCACUGAUUCCUCAGGGAGGCUUGUUAGUGAGCUCUUCCAAAAACUUCCCUCCAAAUUGCAUUAUCCAGACUACUAUGCUGUCAUAAAAGAGCCAAUAGAUCUGCGCGCUGUGGCUCAGAGGAUACAGGGGGGACAUUAUAAAUCCAUCAGUGCCAUGGCCAAGGACAUUGAUCUUUUGGUAAAAAAUGCCAAAACCUACAAUGAGCCAGGAUCUCAAGUUUUCAAGGAUGCUAACACUAUUAAGAAAGUGUUCGCUCAGAGGAAGAUCGAAAUCGAGCAGGCUGAGCCCACUAAAACUAGCCUCCGCAUUAGAAACCGGAGGUCUGCUCAGGGCGAUCGUCUGUCUGCCAUCACCAUGGCCCUUCAGGCUGGAUCUGAAAGUGAUGAAGACUCCAUUCUCACAGGGACUGUGCGUUAUGACACUGGAGAAACCGAGGCCGAUUGUGGUCUCAGUGCAGGAGAUCCCAUCCUUCUUUUGUACCAGUCAGUGCGAGGAGCAAGAAGUGUUCAAGGCCUGCUCCUCUCUGAGCCCUUCCUGCAGCUGCCCUCGAGAAAGGAAUACCCAGAUUACUACCAUCAGAUCAAAAACCCCAUCUCUCUGCAACAAAUCAGGGAUAAAAUGAAGAAUGGCGAUUAUGGAGGAGUCGAGCAGAUUGAGGCUGAUCUCUCGGUCAUGUUUGAGAAUGCCAAACGCUACAACAUGCCCAACUCCACCAUAUACAAACGUGCGCAGAGGCUACAGCUUAUAAUGCAGCAAAAGAAAAGAGAGUUUCGAGAUGAUGAUGAAGGAGAUGUCUCUACUGCGAAUUCUGACGUAGGAAGUAGUAAAAAGAAAAGCCACAAGAAGAGCGCCAAGAAAAACCGAAUGAAGAUGCUAUUUGCUGUGGUGACCGAUGCACGUGAGCCAGGCUCUGGACGGCGACUUUGUGACCUCUUCAUGGUGAAGCCUUUAAAGAAGGACUACCCAGACUACUACAAGAUUAUUCAAGAUCCAAUGGACAUGCGCACCAUUGAGAACAACAUCCGCACUGAGCGUUAUAACAACGAGGAUGCACUUAUGGAGGACAUAAAGCUUAUGUUUCGCAAUGCCCGCCACUAUAAUGAGGAGGGAUCUCAGGUUUAUAAUGAUGCAAAUGUCUUGGAGAAGAUGGUUAAGGAUAAACAGAAGGAGCUUGGCCCUGCUCCAGAGGAAGAUGACGUUGGCUCUCCCAAACUCAAGCUUCGUCGUAGUGGAGUUGCAGUCUCCCCUAAAAAGGCUCGCAUUCAAACUACACCACUCCAGCAGAAGCUCACCGAUCUCUACGAAGCAGUGCGCAACUUCACAGACAACCGUGGCCGUCGUCUCAGCACCGUUUUCCUGAGGCUGCCAUCCCGUUCUGAACUGCCUGACUAUUACGCUGCCAUUAAGCGUCCUAUCGACAUGGAGCGAAUACGCAGCUACAUGGUGCAGGGACGCUACCAGGAUGUUGACUCACUGGCAGAAGACUUCAUCCUCAUGUUCAACAAUGCUUGUACUUACAACGAGCCAGAGUCUUUAAUAUACCGUGAUGCUCUGCUGCUCCACCGAGCGUUUCUGGAAGCUCGUCGACGAAUUGAGGAAGAGGAGAAUGGAGAUGAAGGUGGUCUGGGGGGUUUGUCGGUUGCCUCUCUUGUGCGUGAGCUCAUCCGAAACCUCUUUGUUUCAAUGAUGGGGCACCAGGAUGACGAAGGCCGAUGCUAUAGUGACUCUUUGGCGGAGGUGCCUGCAAUCGACCCAGCUAACCCAGAUGAUCCACCUCUUACUUUAGAGAUCAUUCGUAAUAAUGUGGAUAGUGGCCGCUACCGGAGACUGGAUGUCUUCCAGGAGCAUGUGUUCGAGGUGCUGGAGAAAGCAAGACGUCUCAAUAGGACCGAUUCCGAGAUCUUUGAGGAUUCUGUGGAGCUGCAGCAUUUCUUUGUGAAGAUCCGUGAUGAGCUGUGCAAAAAUGGUGAAAUCCUGCUGACCCCAGCACUGAGCUACACAUCCAAACAUCUGCAUUCAGACAUAGAUCAAGAAAAGCGAGAGAAACUGCCCCAGGAAAUUGAGGAAGACCAACUAAAACGGGAGGAAGAGAAAAAAGCUCUUCCAGAAGGGGACAAAGCAGAGGGUCCUACAGAAGGUGGCCAGUGGCCAUCAGGUUCUCAAAGCUCUUAUAGUCAGGACUGCAGUUUUGAAAACAACACCUACAGCAUAGGAGACUACGUAUAUGUUCAGCCCGCAGAAGCAAAUUUACAACCCCACGUUGUCUGCAUUGAGAAACUCUGGAAAGAUGAAACUGGUCAGCAGUGGAUGUAUGGAUGUUGGUUUUAUCGUCCAGAGGAAACCUUCCAUCUGGCAACACGCAAGUUCCUGGAGAAGGAGAUUUUUAAGAGCGACUACAACAACCGCGUGCCUUUCAGCAAGAUCCUGGGCAAGUGCUUUGUGUUGUUUGUAAAGGAUUAUUUUAAGUUGCAACCAGAAGGCUUUAAACCCGAAGAUGUGUAUGUCUGUGAAUCCCGAUACACUGUCAGAACCAAAGCCUUCAAGAAGAUCAAAAUAUGGUCUAUGCCACCCAACUCUGUCAAACUGCUCUCCCGGGAGGUUCCUUUACCUGUAGUUCGAGUCGCCUCCAUGUUUGUCGGUGCGAAAGACAAAGCAGCUGACCUUCCUGAUGGAGAGAGCAGUGGAUUUAUUGAGAAGGAGAGAGAAGAUGUUCCAGUUGAAGUUCCCAAUGGAGAGCUGGGAUGCCAGUAUUAUGAACAGCUCCGCUAUAAUGAUAUGUGGCUUAAGCUGGGUGACUGUGUCUACAUACGCUCCCAUGGGCUGGUGCGACCACGAGUGGGCAGGAUCGAGAAGAUGUGGCUGCGGGAUGGAGCUGCAUUUUUUUUUGGACCCAUCUUCAUCCACCCUGAAGAAACCGAACACGAGCCGACAAAGAUGUUCUACAAGCGUGAAGUUUUCCUCAGCAGCCUGGAGGAGAACUGUCCAAUGACCUGUGUUUUGAGGAAAUGUGUGGUGUCUUCCUUUAAGGACUUCCUUUCCUGCAGGCCAACUGAGUGUCCGGAGGAAGAUGUGCUUCUGUUUGAAAGUCGCUAUAUCGAGAGUGAAAAGCAGAUGAAGAAGUUUAAAGCCCUUAAACGUUUUUCUCUCUCAGCCAAAGUGGUUGAUGAUGAAAUCUUCUACUUCAGAAAACCCAUUGUACCCCAGAAGGUGCCAUCUCCCCUGCUAGAUAAGAAGAUUGAGGAGCUAGAGGCUAAGUUUGCAGACAUGGAGGAUCUGGAUGAUGAUAUGGAUGACCUUGAUGAUGACGAUGAAGAAGCAGCCGCAACGCCCUCAAUGCCACCCAGUCAGGCGUCCACAACAAGUGACAUGGAUAUGCCUUACACACCACCACAGUCCACACCAAAGAUAAAGGGAAUGUCCAAAAAGGAAGGAGCCAAGCGUAAGAUCAAUAUGAGCGGCUACAUCCUGUUUAGCAGUGAAGUGAGGUCUCUAAUAAAGGCUCGCCACCCUGAUUUCUCUUUCGGAGAGCUGAGUCGUCUGGUGGGCACAGAAUGGAGGAAUCUGGAAGCUACUAAGAAGGCGGAAUAUGAAGAACGGGCAGCCAAACUGGUAGAACAGCAGGAGCGGGAGAGGGUCCUUCAGCAGCAGCAUCAACAGCAGCAGCAGCAGCAGCAACAACAGGCUUCCCCAAGAGCAGGUACCCCAGUCGGCACAAUGAUGGGGGUGGUACCUCCCCCAAGCGCUAUGGGGAUGCUAAACCAGGCCAUGCCACCUGUCCCAGGCAUGAUGGGAAAUUAUGGCCCACCCUACAUGCCUAUGCAGGGUCCUGAAGGCAUGAUGGGCAUGGGUGGCACUCCACCUCAUCUCAUGGGGGUGCCCCAGCUGCCUUCCCAGCACUACCUUCUACCAGGCAUGGCCGGGUACCCUGGUAUGCCCCAUCCGGGUGUGAUGGUCCCAGGAAUGAAUGGAAGCCCUGGUCCUGGAAACCCUUAUGGCAUGCAGAUGGCUGGAUAUGGACCAGGACAGCAAGCUCCACCACCAUAUCCAGGUCAAGGUCAACCAGGUCAUCAACAGCCAGCCCCACCUAUUUUUGUUGCUCCACCUCCAAAACCCCAGCGUCUCCUGCAUUCAGAGGCAUAUCUGAAGUACAUUGAGGGCCUCAGUGCUGAAUCCUCCACCGUUAGCAAAUGGGACCAGAGCCUUAAGGCACAGAGAAAGGACUGCCGGCUUAGUAGGGAACAGGAGAGUCAUCUCCCUACUCACUGGCUGAAAAGCAAAGGCGCUCACACCACGAUGGCCGAUGCUUUAUGGAGACUCCGAGACCUGAUGAUGAAAGACACGCUCAACAUCCGACAGGCGUACAACCUUUAAACCUUUACCUUUUACCCUAACUCUCAGGACUCUAAUUUAUGCAAGACUUUUCUCCAGCCAAAUCUUUCCCAUCAUGACUCAAGAUGUGAUCAAGUGUUAAUGUACUGUCAGAAAAGUGCUUCAGCAAUAAUUAUAUUUAUCGGUUGUGUGUGUAAAUGCGUGUGUGAAGAGAAAAAUAAACAUUUUCCCACCUCUUUAGAUAUAAACGGCGCACUGGAAAGAAGUCACACGUUUUUUAAAAUUUAUAACUACUUACAUGGAUUUCAUAUUUGUCACUUGGACUAUUACUUUAAUUAAGGUUAAGUUUAUGAGUUAUGAGUCUUCAUGAAGUUUUUCAUAUAUGACCACUCAAAUGCUUCAAAUGAGUUGUUAAAGAACACCGUAGCAUUUUAUAAAGAUAUUUUCUUUUUAUACGGAGGUAAAACUAGCUGAGCUCCUACUUAUUUUAAUGACAAUGCAAUUUGUUAUUUUUACACUGUGUACAUACAGAAAAGUGUGAGAACUGUUGCUUAUUGAACACUGCUGCAUUAAAAAUGACAAAACUGUGUCAAUUACACCAAUAAACGCCAUUUCAGAUGGAUAA